AUGUCAAGAAGAGGCUUACGAGAUGAAGAAAUCGAACGAUUAUUGUGUGAAAUUCCAUCAGACGAGGAUUCCACUGUUGACACCACAGAUGACGAAUCUGAUUAUGAAGCAAGCAUUGUUGCGGAGGCUAUUGUGUCGUCUGAAGGCGAAGUUUCAGAGAGCGAGGAAGAAAGUGAGUCCACUCCGCCAAAACGCGCUGCUGACACAGCGCCAACUUGGGGACAACAAUUCAAUGCUACCUCAGGAAUGCAGUUCGACAGUGAAUCAGGACCAAGUGCUUUUAUUAGGGACAUUGAUGAUCCAGAACCUAUCGAUAUAUUCGAAAAAAUAUUUCCAAAAGAGCUAGUUCAGCUAAUCGUUUUCCAAACAAAUUUAUAUGCGACGCAAUCUGGCAAGUCUUUCACUCCAACAACUGACAAUGAAAUACGAACUUUCCUGGGAAUCAACAUUUUGAUGGGUAUAAAGCGUAUGCCAGCAUACAGAGACUACUGGUCUAGUGCCCCAGAACUUCAUGAUCGUUAUAUUGCAUCUCUGAUGGCAGUAAAUCGGUUUGGAUGGUUACUGAGGAACAUUCAUCUGAAUGAUAACACAUUGCAUCCAGAAAAAGGACACCCAGGUUAUGACAAACUGUACAAGCUGCGACCAGUGAUCAAGAUACUAUCUGAAUCUUUUUCCAAGUGUUACCAACCCAGCAAACACCUAGCAAUUGAUGAGUCAAUGAUCAAAUUCAAAGGCCGCAACAGUAUGAAACAAUACAUGAGAGAUAAACCCAUAAAGCGUGGUUACAAAGUGUGGAUGCUGUGUGACAAGACCUCUUACAACUUGAAAUUUGAUAUUUACACCGGAAAAGACUAUAACAAUAAUAGCAAAUUAGAAAAGGACUACAUUCGUAAGGUGACAGUUCCUUAUUCAUCAUCAUCAUCAUCAUCAUCAUCAUCAUCAUCAUCAGGCAAGGGGCUACAGUUCAUUUCAAAUGUUUAUGCAAUGUUUGGGAAUGUAUAA